AUGUCUAACUCGCCCAAGGAAAGGAUACCGGAUGAAGACGAUACGUCUGAGACUCCUCUGACGAUGGCGGCCUCCGUCGUCUUGACGAACUUACCGAAGGAUGCAUCAAAGGCUCUGGAAACAGCGGGGAACCUGAAAAUUCAGAAGAUAACUGUCCGGCUACAACCAAUCGGCUCGGCACCUCACUUGAAUCAGCGCGUCUUCAAGCUGUCCACGAAUCAACCAUUCGCAACCAUUGUUCGCUUCCUAAGAAAGCGACUGGGCGUCAAAGAGCACGAAAGCGUGUUUUGCUAUGUUGGCAGUGUCUUUUCUCCCGCUUUGGAUGAAGGCGUCGGGAAUCUAUGGACUUGUUUCAAGCAGAAUGAGGAGCUUGUUGUAGGAUAUGCAAUGUCACCUGCCUUCGGGUGA